AUGCCCGAAGAUAACCAACAGAUCCAAACAGUCUUACCACUCCGCCUUUCUCCAAGACACGGAUGUCCGUCUCAUCGGUACUUACCUCCCUUCUCCCCUUCCAUCACCCCUUCUCCACCCCCCCUUUCUGAUCGAUUUGCCCAGGCAACUUCGCCCUCCUCCCCCUCCGCACCCGCACCCGUGGGCCAGCAUACACUCUGUCCCCGCUCCCGGCCAGCAUAACCAACGACCUGGACAUCGACCCGGACAGUGAGCACUACGACAUCCUAGACGAGACAAUAACGCUCUUCCGUGCCAAUACGCUUUUCCGCAACUUCGAGAUCAAGGGCCCCGCCGACCGCGUCCUCAUCUACGGCAUCCUCUUCAUCUCAGAUUGCCUGAGCAGGAUCAAGCCCAGUAUGAGCUUGAGGGAUUCCGAAAAGGCGCUGCAGACGGUGGCGCUGGACCACUUCGCACUCCCGGGUGAUCCCGCGUUCCCGCUCAACGCUCUGUACCAGCCCCCGAGGGAUCGGAUGGAGGCUGAGGCGCUGAGGGGGUAUAUCGGUCAGAUGAGGCAGGAGCUGGUUAUCAGGUUGUUGAACAGGGUGUACGCGGACGGGAGUGGAAAGCCGAGUAAGGUAUUGUCACAUAUAUCUUCCCACCCAACAACGGUAGCGGAACAGGGUACACUGACAGCGAGUUGA